AAAAAAGAGGGAUUACAGUCAACUUUAAGGAGCAAGACACAUAUGUCACAUUUCUUCUUGCUACAUUCGAUCACAUUCUAUAUGCCAAUAGUUGGCAAAUGGUCACAUAAUAUAUUGUCUAAAUUGUGUAGCGUGUAUUUUGGACACUAAAAUACUGCAUCUGAAAUUCAAAAUGAAGGAUAUAUAUGGCAAUGGCAGAUUUACGGAUAGUCCAGUUAAUGGUAGUGGAAAGAAGAGAAGCCGUCAAACAUUCACUGCCUACCAGACUCAAACUCUGGAGGCCCAUUUCCAUCGUAACAAUUUUCCAGAUAAAUCAGCAAUAGAUAAAAUAUGUAUGUCUAUGGAUAUAAACGAAACAAGACUACAGAAUUGGUUUAAGAACCGCAGAGCGAGAUCUAGAAGAGAUACCAGAGAUGGUACACUAACUGAUGCUGGUGGUGACGGUGGAGACUCAUCUAAUGGUUUCGAUGACGUUUCACCUACCAGUAGUCCAAAGAGAAAGUCAUCAAGCAAGCCGCAUAUUGGGAAUUAUUCCAUACAGAAACUGAUGGAAAAAGACAACAGAGGUCCACCAGAAUUACCAAACUAUCCUCCACCGAGAAUGAUGACACCCCUGCCACAAAAUCCCCGACUUCCGAAUCCUAUGUUCAUGCAAAGUCCACAGCCAAUUCGACAACUCCACCAUAUGACUUCUUAUAUCAAUAGUACCCCAGAUCGAUCCUUAACUUCAUCGUUAUCACAGGUACUUAGAAGUCAAAUUGAUCAUCAGAUGACGCCUGAUAUGCAUAUGCGAUCUAUUCGCCAUCUUGAAGCACUCCAAUGUCGCCCUUUUGAGAACAGUUCAGGCUGUUUCAUCAAUACCCACCCACAAGAGGAAUACAGCGAAUGUGAGAAUCCUCUUUGGGAUCUAUAUUAUUCUUAUCGAAGUGAAAUUGUGCCUGUGAGAGAAUAUUUUGAUGCCGUGGCUGGCCAGUCAGCCAAUGUAAUAACUGGAGAGGAAGGACAGACUCUGUUAGUUUUAUAAGAUUUGAAAGGUCUUCAUUAGUUUAAGUACAAGUGUAGUCAAGUGCAGUAUCACUGUGUCCUACAUUUACUAUAACCUCAUAGAACGACUUAUUGCUCAGUACUAUCACUGUGCCCUACAUUUACUAUAACCUCAUAGAACGACUUAUUGCUCAGUACUAUCACUGUGUCCUACAUUUACUAUAACCUCAUAGAACGACUUAUUGCUCAGUACUAUCACUGUGUCCUACAUUAACUAUAACCUCUUAGAACGACCCAUUGCUCUGUA